AUGAAUAAUAAUCAUUAUUAUCGACUCACCUUAACAGCAAACAAGAAUCGACACAGAGAUAAUGAACACAAUUUUGCACCUAUUAAAAAAGUAUAAUCAAACAAAAAGCCGUAUAUGUAAAAUACCUCGCUCUUUCCUGGUAUGAGCAAUAUACAAUAUUCAAUAUUUCUUUAGAAUCUUAGAUCUUUGAAUCCUAACACAUUUUUGACCAGAAUUCAACCAAUUUGAGGCAAUUUAAUGAGCAUUCCGAUUCAAGAUAAAGGGUAAAAACUGAAAUAGUAAGACCCAAAUACCAAUUACAAAUCGAAAGUCAGAAAUUUGACUAGCCUACUGCAUAUUUUCCAAAAUUAAAGGAAAGAGCACAGUCAUACUAAAAAAAAAAACCAGAAAAAGUAAUUUCAUAAUUGAAUAGAUAGCCCUUGAGGUUGAUGUAGCAGAUUCCCCAAUUUUCAUAAGAGAUUUGUAGAAAUCACUUGAUUAUACUAAGACUCAACCAAAUAAAUAAAGAAAUUUGACUCCACUUCAAAAAAGAACAAUCGAAGUAUCUAAAAUAAUUAGUAAAUCGGAUCAUUUAAAUUAAGAGGAAAUUAUGCAGUUUUCUUUCGGAUUACAGUACAAUAGAAUGAGCAUUGAAAAAUAAAAGUCCAAAUUUCCUAAAGACAUUUUUCUUGGUGAUGUUAGAAAAGUCAAAAGAAUUUUUUAGUAACAAUGA